UCAGCAAGUGAAGAGUUAAGGCGAGCUUAUGGCCACUAAGUGAGUGAGCUCAUCUGAGCUGGAAAAGGCUCCAGGAAUUCUGAGCCACUCAGUGCAGAUGAUAACAGAAGUGGGGGAUAUCUGAGGCUGGAAGCAAAGCUACUUAGCAAAUUGCAACAUCCACCUAGGAUACAUUAUAUUCGGGAUUGCAAGCCAACUGAUGGAAGCCACCAGUUCUAGGUGCUAAUGCUGUGAGCCUAUAAAACUGGUAGCCAUGGAAACCCAAGCCAAAGAAAUGGAGGAGGGAGAGAAGUCCCCCGAGUCCAAGGACUUGCUGCCCAGCCAAACAGCCAGUACCUUGUGCAUCAGCUCACGGAGUGAGUCCGGCUGGAAUGCUCCCCCCCGGAACAAAUGGGACAUUUAUCACAAACCAGUCAUUGUGCUCUCAGUGGGUGGGGCAGUGUUCCUCUUUGGGAUUGCCAUUACUAGUCUGACUUGCCUCACCCUGGACAGAAACAACAACACAACUAACACAAGCAACAACAUGGGCAACAAAACCAGCAACAUAACCAAGGAGGUGUUUAAGCUGUGUGGGCCAGCCUUCCUUUCCCUUGGCCUCAUGCUGCUUGUGUGUGGGCUUGUCUGGAUCCCCAUCAUCCGCAAGAAGCUGCGGCAGAAGCAGAAAUAUCACAUCCUCCAGAGCAUUAAGUCCUUCUUCCUCAACCGCUGAAGGCAGCUGCUCUUGGGUUUGGCCACAAGGCUAUUUUAGCAGGCUAGGCCUUCUUGUUCCAAUGUCCUGCAAGGCAAAUCAACUUUGUCCCAAAGAUGAACUCACUUCUAUGCCCUUCCCUUCCUUUUGUAUGUUUAGGAUUAGCCCAUUUCUGGGCAGAAGCCGCCAUGGCGGUCUCUGGGCCUUCCGCCAGUAAAUGAACCUUCCUUUUCAACAAGAAGAGCGAGUCUUUCCAUUGCCAGAUCAGAUCCCAGAACAGCUACUUUGGCUAAACAUGAUUGUGCAUUUAGCAUACUGGAUAUUGCUUUAAUUAUUGGUUACACUGUCUGAACCACAGAGCUUCAAACUGUCUUAUAUAUUUUCUCAGAAGAAAUCGCUUCUUUGGGGGCAAAACUACUUGCAGAAAAUGAUGCUCAAAUGUUGUCUUGUAUGAAUUAAUAUAAUAAAUAUAUCAUGGAAAGAAGAUAUUCUCCCAUUCUGUUGUGGGAGAAAAUUUAGGAUUUAAAGACUAAUGAAAGACAAAUGUUCUUAAAGUGGGAAGUGCUAUAGAAAAUGCAUUUUGA